CGGAGCGGGUCUCUGAGGAGACAAAGCGUCGAGCGCGAGCGGGGCCCAGGUCUGAGGGAAACGCAGGCCGAGACGAGUGCCGCCUAGCCUGGGAGCGACGCGGGUCGGAGUGCCUCUCGCAACAGGUUCCUAGCCCAGCAAGGCAGGCCGCUCCGCCUCCCCAGGCCCCGGCCAUUGGUCUCCUCCUCGGUCCCGGAGGGGGGGGGGAACCAGCAACACCCGCCUCAAUGCGGUUCGGAGCCAAGAUGAUGCCGAUGUUUCUUACAGUGUACCUCAGCAAUAAUGAACAACACUUUACUGAGGUGCCAGUUACCCCAGAAACCACUUGCAGAGAUGUAGUGGAUUUGUGUAAAGAGCCUGGUGAAACUGAAUGCCACCUGGCUGAAGUAUGGUGUGGCUCAGAGCGCCCUGUAGCUGAUAAUGAGCGCAUGUUGGAUCUUCUGCAGCGCUAUGGAGUCCAGAGAAAUGAGGUUCGGUUCUUUCUUCGCCAUGAACGGUCCCCUAAUCGGGAAACUGGGAGUGGACCACGGCUGCAAGAUCCAAGCUUGAAGAGAAACGGUGUAAAAAUGCCUGGUGAACGAAGAAUAGAGAAUGGAGUCAGUGCUCCUCGGAUGGAUAUGACUCUGGCUGAACUGCAGGAAAUGGCAUCACGACAACAGCAACAAAUAGAGGCCCAACAACAAAUGCUGGCUAACAAGGAGCAGCGGUUAAAGUUUCUGAAACAGCAGGAUCAGCGGCAGCAACAACAAGCUGCAGAGCAGGAAAAACUCAAAAGAUUAAAAGAAAUUGCUGAGAAUCAGGAAGCCAAGUUGAAGAAAGUGAGAGCACUCAAAGGCCAUGUGGAGCAGAAACGGCUCAGUAAUGGGAAACUAGUGGAGGAGAUUGAGCAGAUGAACAGUUUGUUCCAGCAAAAACAACGAGAACUGGUACUGGCUGUGUCAAAGGUAGAGGAACUUACUAGGCAAUUGGAGAUGCUGAAGAAUGGCCGGAUAGAUGGUUACCAUGACAACCAGUCUGCUGUAGCUGAACUUGACCGCCUGUACAAGGAGCUUCAGUUGAGGAACAAGCUGAACCAAGAGCAGAAUGCCAAGCUGCAGCAACAGAGGGACUGUUUAAACAAACGAAACUCAGAGGUGGCAGUCAUGGAUAAGCGUGUUAAUGAGCUGAGGGAACGGCUGUGGAAGAAGAAGGCUGCCCUGCAGCAAAAGGAGAAUGUACCGGUGCCUUCAGAUGGGAAUCAGCCACAACCUGUGGUAUCUACUCCAAGUCGAGUGGCGGCUGUUGGUCCUUACAUCCAGUCCUCCACCAUGCCGCGAAUCGCCUCAAGGAAUGAACUUUUAGUCAAGCCAGCCUUUCCAGAUGGGACUCCAACCUUACAAGCCCCAGAUGGCCCUUUGAAAACCCAGACUCUGCCGAACAUGAGGGCUGGGGUCCUUUCACAAAUGAAAGCUCCUGCCGGUAUUACAGUUGCUGGUUCAAAACCUGCACUCACUGUCAGUGACUGGAAUAAUUCAGUUGCUGAUAACUUUAUCAACCAAGGGCUAACUUCCUCAGUGACAAAAGCUAAUGGUAACAAUGAAGGGCAGGCUGGGGAUGGCGAUGUUCCUCUUCGAGAAAGAGAGAAGAAAGUACGCCCCUUUUCAAUGUUUGAUUCUGUUGAAUCAAAUGGAGGUACUGCAGUGCCUACAACAGGUACACUGCGAAAAAACCAGAGUAGUGAAGACCUCCUGCGCGAUGGCCAGGUGGGCACUAAAAAUGUGGCAAAAAUACCACCGCCUGUUCCCACCAAACCAAAACAGAUCAAUUUACCAUACUUUGGUCAAGCUGGUCAGGUGCCCUCCCCAGAUGUUAAGCCUGAUGGUAAUGUUCAGAAACUGCCUCUGACAAUUGCAGCCGCGGGGAGCAAGCAGAAACCACCAACCCCACUGACCCCACCAGCAGCUCAGCAGGUGCAGCAAAGAAUCUGUGUGUCUCCAAGUGGCCCUGCUACGAAUCCUGAUCUCACUCUUCUCAAACAAGAGAGCCCUCCUGCAGCAGCUGUGAGACCUUUCACCCCUCAGCCAGCCAAAGAAGCCCCUCCACCCCCUUUUCGGAAGCCGCAGACAGUGGCGGCAAGUUCAAUCUACAGCAUGUACACCAAACAGCAGACACCUGGAAAGAACUUUCAACAGGCGGUGCAGAGUGCACUGACGAGGGCACAAACCAGACCACAUUUUCCAAGUGUGUAUGGGAAGCCAGUUAUUGCUGGAGCUGGCCCCCCUAAUCAACAGCAGCAGAUGGAGAAUGUUUAUUCAAAUAGCCAAGGCAAGCCGGCCAGUCCAGAGCCCGAAAUGGAGGCUACAGCUUCGGCCAGUGAAAAUAACGAAACAGAACGUAUUCCUCGUCCGCUGAGCCCGACCAAGCUUUUGCCUUUCUUGUCAAAUCCUUACAGAAAUCAAAGUGAUGCAGAUCUAGAGGCUCUUCGGAAAAAACUAUCCAAUGCACCAAGACCGCUGAAGAAACGUAGCUCCAUUACUGAGCCAGAAGGUCCUAAUGGCCCUAAUAUUCAGAAGCUCUUGUACCAGAGAACAACUCUGGCUGCUAUGGAGACUAUUUCAGCCCCAUCAUACCCAUCAAAGCAAACUUCAGCAGUCAUUACUGAGAGCUCAGCUGAAAUCCCAAACCCUUACCUGAGCACAGAAGUGACAAAAGAAGUGGUUCCUACACCACCUGAGCCAACUAUUGCAGAGGAGGUGGAAAGCCCAACUACUGAUCAGAACACUGGUUCUCUGCCUUCAUCAGGACUAGAUAGUGUUCCUGAGGGGACAUCAGACAACGCUUCCAUUACUCAGCCUGAAAUGGAAGAACCAAGUCUAGAUAUGCCCAUGCCCAUAGAAAUGUACAUGGAAGAAUAUCCUCCCUACCCACCACCUCCAUAUCCUUCAGGAGAACCAGAGAAUUUUGGAGAGGACUCAUUCAGUAUGCGACCCCCUGAAGUCACUGGGCAGUUCUCUUUACCACCUGGUAAAAGGACAAACUUGCGCAAAGUCGGCUCAGACAGGAUUGACCAUGGAAUGCGAGUGAAAUUCAAUCCUCUUGCUUUGCUUCUAGAUUCCUCUCUUGAGGGAGAAUUUGACCUUGUGCAGCGAAUCAUUUAUGAGGUUGAAGAUCCCAGCUUGCCCAAUGAUGAGGGCAUCACUGCACUUCACAAUGCUGUGUGUGCCGGUCACACAGAAAUUGUGAAAUUCCUGGUACAGUUUGGUGUAAAUGUAAAUGCUGCAGAUAGUGAUGGAUGGACACCAUUGCAUUGUGCAGCAUCUUGCAAUAAUGUCCAAGUGUGCAAAUUCCUAGUGGAAUCUGGUGCUGCUGUGUUUGCCACAACGUACAGUGACUUGCAGACUGCAGCGGACAAGUGUGAAGAAAUGGAAGAAGGCUACACACAGUGUUCCCAGUUUCUUUAUGGAGUACAAGAAAAAAUGGGAAUAAUGAACAAAGGAGUGGUCUAUGCUCUCUGGGAUUAUGAAGCUCAGAAUGAUGAUGAACUGUCCAUGAGAGGAGGAGACUGCAUGACAGUCCUUCGCCGGGAAGAUGAAGAAGAAAUAGAGUGGUGGUGGGCACAGCUAAGCGACAAGGAAGGAUACGUGCCACGCAACUUACUUGGGCUCUACCCUAGGAUUAAGCCAAGGCAAAGAAGCCUGGCAUGAAAACAUUUGGAAGCAAUUUUCUGAAGUACCAGCCACAGAAUGAUUUUAUCUUUUUGCUAGAAAAAAAAAUGCAUUUUUGUGUUGGCACCAAUUUCAUGAAACUUACUUCGAUUUCAAUGUGAUAUGAAAGCAACACUGAAUAUGUUUUGAAACAGAUGAAGGAUACACUGCAUUCACAAAUGGUGGAAAAUAUUCCCCAAUCUGGAAUGCUACUUUCAAGCAAAUGAACUUGUCUCCAUUUAGGCAAACUAAGCCUAAUGGCGAAUCACUGCCUGGUCUGCCUUUGCAGAUGGCUUCCCCACUCUUCCCUUUGGAUUCUCUCUUGAUGGUACAUUACAAUCGUUACCCUAGACAGUCACUGUUCUUAUGCUCCUUGCAUUCCCUCCUUUAGAAACUGCGCCAAUAUAAGUCAGCCAAGCUAUUCAUACAAAAAUUAAUAUCAAACCUUCUGCUUAUGAAAUGUGUCUUAGUAGCAGAGUUAACUGUAUGAAUGCAUCUUAAAAUAAGGAACCUAAACCAAUUCUCUGAGCAAUAACUUUUAAAGUGCAGUAGCAUUUUAGGAUUCCAAAGUAUUUGAAAUAUAUGCUAUCUCACAGGUAAUGUAGCUUAUAGUGUUUUUUAAAAAGUCUUUUGUAAUUUGGAUAUUAAAUGUCGAAAAUCUGUGUAGACCGUACAUCUCACAAAUUUUGUUACAACUAUCUUUUUAUUCUUAACUGUGAUUAAAUUUUUGCUUCAGAAAUA